UGUUGGCAACGCGGAAGGAUGGUAGAAAACCACCAAUGAUCCCUUAUGGGUGGGAUUUACUCGAGGGUGAAGGGGUACUAGUAUUUUAUAGUAAAAUACUAGUAAGAAUUGAAAGCCAGCUGUUGCUGGCUAAAUGUUUGUACUUCGUCGAGCUGGAAUGUGUCAGUUUUGAGGUCGUGGAGUGAAUUAAUUAGGAUUUCCUAAAGGUCACUGGUCCUUCAGUAAAGAAGUGUGUCUCUGUCUGUGUGGGUGUGUGUUUGAGUGUUCAGAAGUGUCAGCAUGGUUCUCACCGUCAUGAAAGAGCUUGGCAAGCAGCUGCUGCGAGUGAAGGUGGUGGACUGCAGCACAGAAGAGUCUCGUCUCUCUCGAUGCCUCAACACAUUUGACCUGGUGGCUCUGGGAGUGGGCAGCACACUGGGCGCUGGCGUCUACGUGCUGGCCGGAGCCGUGGCACGGGAAAAUGCUGGACCGGCGAUCGUUCUGUCCUUUCUGAUUGCAGCCUUGGCCUCGGUCAUGGCUGGACUGUGUUAUGCCGAGUUUGGAGCUCGUGUGCCGAGGACGGGCUCUGCGUAUCUGUACAGCUAUGUGACAGUGGGGGAGCUGUGGGCCUUCAUCACCGGCUGGAACCUCAUCCUGUCUUAUAUUAUAGGAACAUCCAGCGUUGCCCGAGCGUGGAGCGCCACCUUUGAUGAGCUCAUUGGGAAGCAUAUUGAGGAGUUCUGCCGGCAGCACAUGAGCAUAAACACACCAGGACUGGCCGAGUAUCCAGACAUGUUCGCUGUGAUCAUCAUUCUCACGCUAACAGGUCUGCUGGCGUUUGGGGUGAAGGAGUCCGCUAUGGUCAAUAAGGUGUUUACCUGUGUAAACGUGCUGGUGCUGAUGUUUGUGGUGGUGUCAGGACUGAUCAAAGGAACCCUCCAAAACUGGAACCUGAAUCCAGAGGACAUCCUCAACCACACUGCUUCUGAAAAUGUGUCUGUGCCACUGCCAACUGAAGAGAGUCUGGGUUUUGGCGGAUUCAUGCCGUUCGGCUUCUCUGGAGUUCUGUCUGGUGCUGCCACCUGUUUCUAUGCUUUUGUCGGGUUUGACUGUAUUGCCACUACAGGCGAGGAGGUGAAGAAUCCCCAGAGGGCGAUACCCAUUGGCAUUGUAGCCUCUCUCCUCAUCUGUUUCGUCGCUUAUUUUGGUGUAUCGGCCGCACUGACGAUGAUGAUGCCGUACUACAUGCUGGACAAAAACAGUCCCCUGCCUGUGGCCUUCAAAUAUGUGGGCUGGGAAGGAGCAACGUACGCUGUAGCCGUUGGCUCUCUUUGUGCUCUGUCUACCAGUCUGUUGGGCUCAAUGUUCCCAAUGCCGCGUGUAAUAUGGGCCAUGGCUGAAGAUGGGCUGCUCUUCAAGUUCUUGGCCAACAUAAGUGAAAAAUCCAAAACGCCCAUAAUGGCCACUGUAACCUCCGGCAUAGUGGCAGCGGUCAUGGCUUUCCUGUUUGAUCUGAAGGAUCUGGUUGAUCUGAUGUCGAUUGGCACUCUGCUGGCUUACACUCUGGUUGCAGCCUGUGUCUUAGUCCUGAGGUACCAGCCAGAGCAGCCCAGUGUGAAUGUACAGUAUCAGAGAGCCAGCUGUCAGGAGGAAACAGAGGCCGAGUCUAUCAAUGAGAGCAGCGCUGGCUUCCUGCCUGGAUCUCCUGAUCUCUUUAGCAUCCGCAACCUGCUGUCCCCCCAAAACGAGGAGCCUUCUCGCCUCUCUGGCCUCACAGUCAACAUCUGCACCAGCAUAUUAGGCGUUUUGGUGUGUGUGUUCUGUGUGGUUGCAGUUCAGGGAGGAUUUCAGAUCUGGACUCUUGCAGUUCUUGUCUCUCUGGCUGUAGUUUGCUUGAUCAUCACCUUGUUAAUAUGGCGUCAGCCUGAGAGCAAGACAAAACUCUCUUUCAAGGUUCCUCUUCUGCCGUUUCUCCCCGUUCUCAGCAUGUUCAUUAAUGUGUACCUGAUGAUGCAGCUGGACAAAGGCACCUGGAUGCGUUUUGCUAUUUGGAUGGUUAAAGGAUUUAUUAUUUAUUUUGGCUACGGGAUCUGGCACAGCACAGAAGCAGCAUUAGCACGGAGCGAGACCGAAGACAUCAACGCCUUCAAACCCACAACAAAAGAUGAAGCAGCUACACCUGAAAAAGAGGCGUUUUUGGGCAACUGUAUUAAUGACCGAGCAGAGGAGAACAGUGACCCUUGAGAAAACACUGUUCCAUUAUGGGCUCCAUGUACCAGUGUACGACAAACACAAAGCUGCUACUGACAUUCAUGAUGCUUCUGUUGGAUUCUAUGUGUUACUGUAGAUCCAAAGAUUCUUUUAAGGCAGCAUUACAACAUGUGACGAUUUUAUAUUUGCCUGUUAUUUAGGUAAAGCGUGAAGGACAGCAUUAUAAAUGUGUACAUACGAUUGUACACUGCACUAUUAGAGCAAUCAGUUCUUCCUUUUUGUCUAAUUGGUUAUUUCGAUAUAUUUAUUUUUGUAGCAUGUUUUCAUCGUGCUUUUUUUUUUAAAGGGGUUCUGAGCAAAACGCAUGCAACUCACAUUGUUACCCAUAAUUCUUCAGUGUGUGUUUUGUAUAUGAAUGCAAAAUACAAAUUUACUUUGCUACUAUUUUGUUUCUUGAUAGCUUGUUUUAAAACAAUAACAAUUACACAGCUAAUUUUAAAUGCAUUGAUCUUUAUAACAAAGUUCACCUUUAUCUAACUUAUGCCCCAAAGUAUGCUUCACUUUUUAUCCGUCCUCUGAGAGACUGAACUGUAUGCACAACAUUAUGCCUUAUUACAUAAAUAGCUCAUAGAUGUGCUACUUUUCUCUCAAGCUGUCAAGUACAACAUACUACUGAACUGAGCAAAACGACCUUGUUGAUUCAAGAUUGAGUAAAUGUAAUAAUUAAAAACCAUAAAUCUAAAAUUAAGGGUACAUGCAUAGUAUGAAGUAUACUUUGGGACUCAGACUAGUAUGCUAAAUUCUUUGUAUGAGAGUUUUUUUUUGGUGCUUUUCGCAGCUUUGCAGGAAAGCCAGAGAGGUUUUUUUUAAAUGUUCAGUCAGUGCCUUUUUCCCAACUUAAUGGAUUGAAAGAGACAGUGUCUUCUCACACUGACAAAAGAUUUUUAGUGCUGAUACCAUACAUUUAUCAGUCUGAUGCUAAAUUUCAGACUUCUUUAACCCUUGUGUGCUGUUGUGAAUGUUUUUGCCCCAACUUUCUCUGUUUCAGCAAAUGGAAUCAUUUUUGGUCACAGAUUUUAUUUUGAUACAUAUUUUGGAAAAAAAAACACUCACAUUUACUACCCUUUCGUUAUGUUAGUGGCUGUUUUUGCCCCAUUGAUUUUCAUUAGAAUUAUAUUUUUGGAUUGCAAAGCCAUGACACCAUAUUACUAUUAUUUAUUUUUGAUUGCUGGUGUUUUUUCCUGUUGGGAAGAGGUCAAAUUUGUAGUUUUUCCUGUUGAUCAUCAGUGGCAGUGCAAAAAAGCUUAAUUUGCGGCUUUUAUGUGGAGUAUAUUGUGUAAGAGUGUGAGAGAAACUAUUGCGCAAUUAUCUUGAUGUGUCUAAGAAAAUAAGAAUCCUCAGCUCUUUGUAACAUAGCAAGUGUAUUUAUGCAUGCACAUUAUAAUCUGCUGUUAUACUACAUAAAACUCCAUAUAAAAGCCAGAAACUUAUUUGCACAGGCCCAUCUAAUGGGUUAAUGGUGCCAACUGAUGACCAACAGUAGAAAUGACACAUUUUACCUCUUCCCAACAGAAAAAGCACCAACAAUCAAGAAUGCAUGAUUAUAUGCUGUCAUGGCUUUGCAAUCAAAAAAAUGUCAUUAUAAUGUCAAUGAGGCAAAAACAGCCACUAACAUAACAAAAGGAUAGUCAAAACAAUACACAAGGGGUAAAAUAUUUGUAAUGGGGGGGG